AUAAAAAUUAAAAAAGAAAAUAAUUUUUAAUUGAAAAACAAGAAAUAUUUUUUAAACGAUAUAUAAGUACUUAAGUGAAAGCCUGAUAAUUUUCACGCCAUAACGACAGAGUCGUCCUGCAGCAUUUCACUGGAAAUACACAUUUCCACAUUUAGUAUAUUUAUUUAAGUAAUCUAAAACAGAAAUUCUUUUACAUAGAAUUCAUUAAGAAUUUCUCCCAGUAUGUCAAGUGAUACAAAGCAACGGAUUCAGGUGCCUGAUUGUUUGAGGGAGGUGCUAUUAGACUUUACUAUAGCAUAUUUGAUGGAAAGACCUGAAGAUGUGAUCGAUUAUGCAGUCGAUUAUUUCAACAAACUACAAGAAAGUCGCCGUUCCGUUCAUUAUAAGUCUAGUUCUCUAUUAAAUUCACCCAGCGGGAGUGUUAUUUCGCAAGACGAACCACCUAUUCAGCUCAGUGGUCGUCGUAAAUCCGUUUUUGCUGAAGCAUAUGAUCCCGAAAACGAAGACGAUGAUGAGGGUGCAACCGCUGUAUUCCCUAAAUCAGAUGAGCAGCGUAUACGUCUUAUUGAAUCCGUUAAGAAUGUUCUACUGUUUCGUUCACUGGAUAAAGAACAGAUGAAUCAAGUUUUGGACGCUAUGUUCGAAAGGCGUGUACAGCCUGAUGAAUACAUAAUCCGCCAGGGUGAAGAUGGUGACAAUUUCUAUAUAAUUGAGACUGGCACCUAUAAAGUCAUAGUAAAUGACAAUCAUGUUCACACCUAUAACAACAGUGGUAAUUUCGGUGAACUGGCUCUGCUCUAUAAUAUGCCGAGAGCCGCUACUAUUCAAGCUGAAACAGAAGGUUUGCUGUGGGCCAUGGAUCGGCAGACAUUCCGUCGCAUUCUAUUGAAAUCCGCAUUCAAGAAGCGAAAAAUGUAUGAAUCACUGCUGGACAGUGUUCCUAUGCUGAAGGCGUUGCAGAAUUAUGAACGCAUGAAUUUGGCGGAUGCUCUAGUAUCUAAGACCUUUAAGUCAAAUGAGAGAAUCAUAAAGCAGGGUGAUGCGGCCGAUGGUAUGUACUUCAUCGAAGAAGGUCGAGUUUCCGUCAGAAUGGAACAAGAAAGUGGUGAGAUUGAGAUCUCAAAACUGUCAAAGGGUCAAUAUUUCGGUGAAUUAGCUUUGGUAACACAUCGACCACGUGCAGCAUCCGUCUAUGCUGAUGGUGAUUGUAAAGUUGCAUUCCUUGAAGUUCAAGUUUUCGAGCGUUUAUUGGGUCCUUGCAUGGAAAUUAUGAAGCGUAACAUUGACGACUACGAAACGCAGUUAAUCAAAAUUUUUGGUAGCAAAAAUAAUAUUACCGAUACACGAUAAAAAGUCUGAACAUUAUUUAAAAGUGUUUUAAAAUCUUUAAAAUCACCCGUAAAAAAAAAUA